UCUAUGCUUUUGUGUCCAUCACCCCAAGUCCACAGCAUUUAACAAUAGGGCCCAGCUAGGUUGAAUUGACGCCUUCAAGUGGGAGCAACGAAGGAAGAUGAGCGUGUGGAAGCAUUUAGCGCUGUUGGGGAGAGCCAAUUCGAAGGAAUCAAUAGAAUAUAUACUUGAAGCUCUGUGGAGAACUCGCAAGACAGGGCUUGAUGCCGCCGACCGCCAAAUAUUCCGCGAAAUGCUUCAGCUUCCUAAUGAUUCUGACCUCGACCCUGCGGUGAUCAGGUUGCUGGAAUUUUCUCUAUGUGAAUAUUGUCUUCUGGUGUGCCUUCGUAUUUUGAUUCGCAAAUGUGUUUAUGAGAAUGCCAAGAAGGAUGAAAUUCAAAAGUUGUUUCCUGCUGAGGUCCAACCCGAGUUACAAAGAUUAUUAACACUUCUACUGCAAAAAUUUCAAAAGGAGUGGCGUGAAGAUAUAGCUAAAGAAUAUACAGCUAAUGACCGGGUCAUGUUGCCUCAACUGAGAGCAAUGACAUGGAGCAGGGGAAAUGAGGGCAGUGAAAUUGGAGGCCCUGCAGCAAUUACAAAUUUAAAGCUUCAAGGUGAUGCAAAAUCUAGCUGCAAAGAAAGGGAUGUGCAGUUCCAGUUGACCAAAGGCACUUUAGAAACAAUGUUGAAGUCAAUGUACUCUGUAAGGAGCCAACUGUCUGAUGAUGUACAAAUAUCAGAUAGAUCGUAAUUGUGUACCCCAACAAUCAAAUGUGGUAUGAUUCUCUAAUCUCCUUGACUAGAAGGUAAUGUACUUUCAUAUGUAUGUUAAUUCACACAAUGCUAAGGUAGAUGGUUUCUGCUUCGUUUUACUCCCUGUUUAGUUGAAAGAUUGCCUUUAAGGCUGAAAAGAUUGAUACAUAUAUUUUGACAAGUGGGAAAGACGUAUUUUGCAUGGAGAAGCUUUAAUCUCCUAGGAGUUGGAUAUGAUUACCACCUUACUUUGCAUCAUUUUGGACAUGGUAGAUAUAUUUUGACCCAUUCUUAUCUUCCAAUUUCUGUUGGAAGUAUAUUUCUGGAUAACUCAAAUGUAAUUGCAUGUCGUGCUGGCCACACAUCAUUCAAAUGUAGUUCCAUGUUUCA